UCGGAUAAAAGUACAUGUUCGAGUUUGCGCGCCCAAAACAAUAUUGGCUUGUACUGUGUUCACUCUACACAAGGUAUGAUGAAAGAUAAAAACCGUCCCAAGGGCCCAAUGACUUCUUAUGCAUGUUUUGUCCAAGUCAUUAGAGAAGAGCACAAGAAAAAGCACCCUGGCGAGAAUGUUGUAUUUAGUGAAUUUACAAAAAAGUGCGCGGAAAUAUGGAGGGUUGGUUUUGUUCAUUUCCUCAUUUUGUUACAGAAAAUGACGCCUAAAGAGAAAAAACGCUUUGAUGACAUGGCGCAACUUGAUAAAGAGCGUUACAACAGAGAAAUGCAUGAAUACAUUCCCUUGGAGGGCUUCCGCAAGGGUAAAAGGCGAAAGCGAACGAAAGAUCCUGGAAUGCCUAAACGAGCUUGGUCAGCAUUCUUUUUUUUCUGCGACGAAUAUCGUCCGAGAAUCCGUGAAGAACAUCCUGAAUGGAAAGUAAGCGACAUUGCGAAAGAAUUGGGGCGCAAAUGGGAGGAAUGUUUAAACAAAUUGAAGUACGAACAAAAGGCGAUGAGUGAUAAACAUCGCUACGAAGAGGACAUGCAAAAAUACAAAUUGGGGACGUAUGUUCCUCCUAAGCGACCGAGAAUUGGAUCGAUUGGUUUUGACAGUAGUUCUUUAUCUACUGCAGAUACUGAUAAUUCUGUAAACAUUUCUGGGUUGGAAAAUAGCCUUGGUGCUGUCGAUGAGGAGGAUGAAGAAGAAGAUGUUGAUGAUACUGAGGGUGAACUCCAAGGAGAGGAAACUGGGCAUACCGGGCCUAUCAUUGCAUUGUCGUCGCCUCAGGUGAUUAAUCGUGCAAGCGAGAUAGAAUCUGCACUGCCCCCCUCCGAUAGUGCCGCCGAUGUGUCUGAGACAGCCUCAGUUUCAUCUGCUGUAGAGAAAGAAAACACAUUAGAGCCAUCAUCCUUUAAGGAGAGCGCUUGCUUGCAUGAAUCAGUCCGAAUUUCGGAUGAAAAUUUACCACACAUUAACUUGAUGGAUUCUCAUAUUGAAUCUUCGAAAGAAGAGACAGAACAGAUUGUGAAAAAUGAUGCUACAAAUCUUCCUGUUCUCGAAACUCCUAUCGAAUUAUACUCUGAAAUCUAA